ACGUCACCAGCGGAGAAGAAAAAAAAACGCCGCUAAUCUAAUCAACUUCCGCUCACACCUGUGUGGCUGCGUGUGCGUGUGUGUGCGCGAGCCGGUGUGAUAUUUCGUAUAAGAUCCGGUGGUGGGAGUGCCAUUCUAGACAGUUGGUCUUUGACGGUGAAGCAAGCAAGUGGUUCUAAGUGAAGAUCGAAUUUUCCUAACGUUUUUGGUCGUUUGGUGUGUGAUUUUCAGUCGGUGAUUCCGUUUGACAUACGGAGGCACAAGCGAAUCUGUGAAUUUUCUGUGAACUUUGGUGGCGAUUUUGGACUUUUUGAGUGAUUAUUUGACCAGUCAAGGAAGUGCUAAACAUUAAUCAAGCGAUUCCUCUACGUUGACGUCACUUCAACGCACUCCCAGCUGAUCGCGAACCUCGCUGUAGGUUAGGGUGCAAUACGGUGCUGCUCGUGUUUGUUCAGCGCAAUGAAGCAAACCCAAAUUCGGAGCAAUUACCUGUAUUAGUAGAAAAUUAGUUGGAAAAGUAGUGAGCGGCGUCCAAAAAAAAAGUGGUAGUGAUUCUGAGUGAACGUCUCGAACGUGCAAGUGAAGAAGGUUUUCCCUGAAAAAAAAGAUAGUGUUUGUGAAGCCAAAAUGACCGUAGCGUCCCUGCAGCAAGAGGUGCUGAACCAGUCGGCACCGUCCGCCCCGGAGACGGAACUUCCGGCCAGCCCCAGUGCCGGCGGAGGUGGUGGCGGUGGCGGCGGCGGCGGCAGCACCUCUAGCGCCACCCCGCUGGUGGUGCCCACGGCGGAACCCAUCGUCAUCGACAGUCCGGCCGCGGUCGACCUGAAGCUGACCGAGAUUCAGCAGUUUUACGACCGGUGCAACGUGUUCAUAACGGGCGGAACCGGAUUUUUGGGCAAAACUCUCAUAUACAAACUGCUGACCAGCUGUCCGGGCGUUGAAAACAUAUUCCUGCUGAUCCGGAGUAAACGCGGAAAGGACAUCUUUUCCCGCGUCGAGGAAAUCUUCGAAGAUGCCAUGUUCAACAAAAUGAAGCAAGCCUGCCCAAAGUACGACCACAAAAUCCGAGCCAUCGCCGGAGACUGCACACUUCCGAGCCUCGGCAUCGGUUCCUCCGACCGGGAAACCCUUGUGGAAAACGUCAACAUCGUGUUCCACCUGGCCGCGACGGUGCGGUUCGACGAGAAGAUGAAGACGGCCAUGCAGAUCAACGUCAAAGCCUGCCGGGACAUUCUGGACCUGUGCUACGAAAUGAAACACCUCAAGUCGGUCAUCUACGUGUCCACCGCGUACACCCAGUGCCCGCAGAAGGAGGUGGAAGAGCGGUUCUACGAGCCGCCGCUGGACUCCAAAAAGAUGAUCACACUGACGGACUGCGUCAGCGACUCCAUGAUGGAGAACAUCACGCCAAUCUUGCUGGACAAGUGGCCAAAUACCUACACAUUCACCAAGGCGAUCGCCGAGGACGUGGUCCGGCAGAACAGCAGGGGCAUGCCGAUUGGCAUGUUUCGGCCGGGUAUUGUGAUAGCCACAUACCAGGAGCCGGUGCCCGGAUGGAUCGACAACUUCUACGGACCCACGGGUGUGAUUGCGGGGGCGGGAACCGGAGUGCUGCGAACACUGCGCGCCGACCCGACCAAGGUGGCCAACAUGGUGCCGGUGGAUCUGUGCGUCAACGGUAUGAUCUCGGCGGCCUGGGACAUUGCCGAGCGGUUCCAAACCGAAAUCAUGCCCGACCCGGAAAUUCCCGUGUACAACUUCUGCACCGAGCGUAGCAACUGCAUCACCUGGGGCGACUUCACCUACACCACGAUCAAGUUUGGCUCCAUGUACCCCACGGUCAAGUCGGUAUGGUACCUGUGCUACCGGAGCAAUCCGAACCGGAUAAUGCACUUCCUGGCGAUACUGUUCCUGCACUACCUGCCGGCGAUAUUUUUCGACGUAAUCGCGCUGUUCAUCGGACGUAAACCAAGACUCUUGCGCACGUACAAGAAGAUUCACCGCUUCAUGGCCGUGAUCGAGUACUUCUCGAUGCGCCAGUGGGACUUUAAGAUGGAGAACAUGAACGCGCUGUGGCGGCGGCUCUCGAACGCCGACCAGAAGCUGUUCUUCUUCGACAUGCGCCAGAUCAACUGGGACUUCUUCCUGGAGCAGUACUUCUGCGGCAUCCGGCAGUAUCUGCUGCGCGACCCGCUCGAAACCGUCCCGGAAGCUCUCGUACGAUGGAAUCGUCUAUACUGGCUGCACCAAGCAGUCAAGGUACUUGUGCUGUUUGUGAUGUACAAGCUGGUCUUUUCGAUUUGGGGCUUCCUGAGUUAAGCGCGCGCUUUCGUACCCUUUAGAACCUCCUUAAGGGAUCAUCAUGCCACCAUCACUCUCUUCAUCGAGAUCAAACAACAAACCCCCCCAGAAUUCUUAUUCCGAAGAAGGAAAAAAAAAACAACAAAUCAACAAAUGAAUAUCAAAGCCAUCCGUACCACCCCCUCCCCAUCCCGGGACCACCCAGGGAAUGCACCAGAAAAAGAGAGAGAGAGAGAAGGAGGGAGAAAGAAACAAUUUCAAAGAUUUAAUUGUUAGCUUUACUUAUUUUUCGACAAGUAGUAUUUUUUAUAAAAGGUAAAAGGUUCGAACAAAAGAGGAGAACAAACACAUACAAACAAACAAAAAUAAACAAGACAGAAUGAUGCAUUCAUAAAGUUUGGUUUUUUGUCACACAAGUUAAGGAAAGGCAACUUUUGUUAGGUUUUCCAAUUUGAGGGAAAAGAACAGAUUUUUGUUAGUGUCAAUGUGACAACAUUUUUCCGAAUUAAUAUAUCAUACAAAGUUUCAGAAAUGUUUUUCGUCAAUUUAUUUUGUCUGUGUCAUUCCGCUAAGUUAAGCUCAAUUAGUGUAAGGUGAGAUUUUUUUUACUUCUAAACAUGUGAAACCAAUCACAUAGAUUACAAGCAUAACAAAAUACCUGUAGAGUGUGGGUAUCAUCUUUACUUUUUUUUUGUUUCUGUGCAAGUGCCUAGCUUUUUAAGUGAGUAAAACAUGGACACAAGGUUUAUUUAGUGCUAACACACACACACACACAUUACAUAAUACAAACAAAAAAAACAAAAGGUUUUUCUCUGCUGAAGGCGCUUCUCUCAAUGAGAGCGAGAGUGCAGAGCUGAAUCGGAAGAAUCGUUCCGGUUUUUUUGAACGAUUUUUGUAAAAAAUAUUUUGUAAGAAAAUGAUCGAAUAAAUAAAGUUUAGAGAGUAAAAGUGA